AUGGCACAAAUGCAGAACAGGACAGAAGUGACUAGGUUCAUCCUCCUCGGACUAUCCAGUGCCCCCGAACUGCAGAGCCUCCUCUGUAUCAUGUUCACUGUCAUUUACCUCGUCACUCUGGUCGGAAACCUGGGAAUGAUCACACUGAUUCUCCUGGACUCUCGUCUGCACACUCCUAUGUACUUUUUCCUCAGUAACCUGUCUCUGGUGGACUUUGGCUACUCCUCGGCAGUCACUCCGAAAGCCAUGGCUGGGUUACUUAUAGGAGACAAGUUCAUCUCCUACAAUGCAUGUGCUGCUCAGAUGUUCUUCUUUGUCGCCUUUGCCACUGUGGAAAAUUAUCUUUUGGCCUCAAUGGCCUAUGAUCGCUAUGCAGCCGUGUGCAGACCUCUGCAUUAUACCACAACUAUGACGACAAGUGUGUGUGCACAUCUGGCCAUAGGGUCCUACAUCUGUGGAUUUCUAAAUGCCUGCUUCCAUGUUGGAGACAUAUUCAGUCUUACUUUCUGUAAGUCCAACAUGGUCCAUCAUUUCUUCUGUGAUGUUCCAGCUGUCCUGGCUCUCUCUUGCUCUGAAAAACACAUCAGUGAGGUGGUUCUUGUUUUUCUGUCGAGCUUUAAUGUCUCUUUUGCUCUUCUGGUUAUACUGAUUUCCUAUCUGUUCAUAUUUGUGAACAUCUUGAAGAUGCACUCAGCUCAGGGUCACCAAAAGGCUUUGUCCACCUGCGCUUCCCACUUCACCACUGUCUCCAUCUUCUAUGGGACCGUCAUCUUCAUGUACGUACAGCCCAGCUCCAGCCACUCCAUGGACACAGACAAAGUGGCCUCUGUGUUCUAUGCUGUGGUCAUCCCCAUGCUGAAUCCUGUGGUCUACAGCCUGAGGAACAAGGAGGUCAAGAGUGCCUUCAAGAAGUUUGUUUUCAAAGUUUGUGAGUCUGUUUUCUGUCGGGAGCCACCGGGACGUGCCCAGGCCAGCUGCCUGCUGGUGGUACAGCCCUGCCGCUCCGGUUAUCUCAUCACAUACACUGCCCGUACUUUCACUUACUUCUCUGAAACAUCCAACACUGAGCUCAGACCGAUGAAGGCAAAGAGUAAUCAGGAAGGGAGGCUUUAUUUUACAUGUGUAGUUUUGGCUGUGCUGGGUCUUCGUCGCGGCAGGGGCUUUGCUCUGGCUGUGGAGAGCAGGGCUUACCCUCUAGCUGGGGUCCGCGAGCUUCUUGCUGUGGUGGCAGGGCUUGUGAGCACAGGCCACAGGGUGCUCAGGCUGCAGAGCGGCCGCCGGGCCCCGUGGUCAGGCUCCUGGGCCGCAGGGCGCAGCCUCAGCGGUUGUGGUGCGUGGGCUCAGCUGCCUGCCUCGUGUGGGAUCCGCCUGCAUCAGGGAUAG